AUGGCGGCGCCGGGGCUGCCGUUGCUUCUUCUUCUCGUCUUCGCCGGCGUUGUCCUGCUUCCAGUCCAUGGCCAGGCCGAUAACUUAGGUUUCAUAAGCAUCGACUGCGGCCUACCGGUGAGCGCCUCCGGCUACGUGGACAACGCCACCAAGCUGAGCUUCGUCUCGGACGACGGCUUCAUCGACGCCGGCACCAACUCCAACAUGUCGGCCGAGUACAUCACGCCGUCAAUGGCCAGGAGCUGGCACACCGUGCGCAGCUUCGCCGGCGCCAGCGCGCGGAACUGCUACACCCUCCGAACUCUCGUGUCCGGGCUCAAGUAUCUCAUCCGCGCCACGUUCAUGUACGGAAACUAUGACGGCCUCAACAGGGUGCCCGUCUUCGAUCUACACGUCGGCGUCAACUACUGGACCACCGUGAACAUCUCCGACGCCGACACACCGGUCAUGGUGGAGGUUAUCACUCUCAUCGCCGGCGACCGGCCGGCGCAGGUGUGCCUCGUCAACACCGGAUCCGGCACGCCAUUCAUCUCCGGCCUGGGCCUGAGGCCGCUCAAGGACUCGCUCUACCCGAUGGCCAAUGCGACGCAGGGCCUCGUCCUCCUCUCCAGGUCCAACCUCGGCACAGGUGACAGUAAAGUCAUCAGGUUCCCCGACGACCCACACGACCGCUUCUGGUUCCCGGAGAGCAAGCCGACGGAGUGGUCGGAGAUCGCGACGCCGUUGAAGGUGCAGCACUACGACAAUGACAACUUCGACGUGCCAUCGGUAGUGAUGCAGACGGCCGUCACGCCCAUGAACGCCUCUAAGCCUAUCGAGUACAGUUGGGACGCCGAGCCAAGUCCUAAGAACCCGGCGCCCGGGUACACGUGCAUCCUCCAUUUCUCCGAGCUGCAGCUGCUCCCACCCGGAGCCGCGCGGCAGUUCUACAUCAAUAUCAACGGCAUCCUCGCGCUCGACAACGGCUUCACGCCAGACUACCUCUACUCCGACCCCGUCCACAGCACCCGCGCCUUCCACGGCUUCCAGCAGUACACCGUCUCGCUCAACGCGACGCCCAACUCGACGCUCCCGCCCGUCCUCAACGCCAUAGAGAUCUUCUCCGUCCUUCCCACCACCGGCGUACCCACCGCCGCCCAGGACGUUUCUGCCAUCACGGCGAUCAGAGGCAAGUACCAGGUGAAGAAGAACUGGAUGGGAGACCCGUGUGUGCCUAAAAGUUUCGCAUGGAACGGAUUGGGUUGCAGCUAUGCUGUUUCCAGCCCACCGAGUGUCACAGGCUUGAAUCUAUCUUCCAGUGGUCUAACUGGCAACAUGUCAGCUUCUUUCGCCAGCCUCAAAGGUCUACAAUACUUGGAUUUGUCGCACAAUAAUCUGACGGGUUCAAUCCCUGGCAUCCUUUCGCAAUUGUCUUCACUCACAUUUUUAGAUUUGACGGCCAAUCAGCUUAGUGGAUCCAUUCCUUCUGGACUUCUGAAAAAAAUGCAAGAUGGCUCUCUAACACUUAGAUUUGGUAACAAUCCAGACCUCUGCAGCAAUGGUGAAUCCUGUCAGCCUCCUAAUAAGAAGAAAACCUCAAAGGUUGCCAUCUAUGUUGUUGUUCCGAUAGUGGCAGUUUUGGUUUUUGUGCUUUUGUUAGUACUACUCAUUUGCAUACUGAAGAAAAAGAAAGGAAGAGCACCAAGAAACAGCGUUAGGCCGCAAAACGAGACAAGCAUCGCACUGUCGCGCACUCGGGGAAGCAAUGGACACAGCUCGGUGUGCCUCGACAAUCGCCGGUUCACGUAUACUGAGCUGGAGGCCUUUACAGAUGAUUUCCGCCGAGAGAUCGGCCGAGGAGGGUUUGGGAAAGUCUACGAUGGCUUCUUGGAGGAUGGAACACAAGUGGCUGUCAAACUGCGGUCUGAAUCUUCAGAUCAAGGUGUACAAGAAUUCCUUGCAGAGGCUCAGACCUUGGCUAAGAUCCAUCAUAAGAAUCUCGUGUCCUUGAUUGGAUACUGCAAGGACAGGGAGUACAUGGCCCUUGUGUACGAGUACAUGUCUGAAGGUGCCCUACAUGAACAUCUUAGAGGGAAAGAGAAUAGUAUGAGAUGUUUAACAUGGGGGCAAAGACUUCAUAUCGCCCUGGAAUCCGCACAAGGACUUGAGUAUCUUCACAAAGGGUGCAACCCACCCCUCAUCCACAGGGAUGUGAAGACGUCAAAUAUCCUGCUAAAUGCAAACCUGGAGGCCAAGAUAGCCGAUUUUGGCUUACUCAAAGCUUUUGAUAGCGGCGGUGAUACUCAUGUUUCCACAGCUAGGGUAGUUGGCACACGUGGUUACCUUGCGCCCGAGUACCUAGCAACAUAUCAGUUGACCAGCAAAAGUGACGUGUUCAGCUUCGGCGUAGUGCUACUGGAGAUAGUCACAGGGCAAUCACAUCUCUUAAAUGACCCGGAGCAGACCAGCAUAAUCCAAUGGGUGCAACAACGUCUCACCCGUGGAAACAUCGAGAGUGUGGUGGACGCCCGCAUGAGUGGCAACUAUGAUGUCAACGGUGUUUGGAAAGUCGCCGACACGGCACUUAAAUGUACUGCUCAGUUGCCUGAGCAUCGACCCAACAUGACUGACGUUGUGGUACAGCUGCAAGAGUGCAUUGACCUCGAGGCCGCCCGAUGUGACGCGAAUGGCCGGUUUUACUCGGCAGGGAGCGGCGGCAACCCAAACAGAUAUAGUGGAUAUAACACUGAUAUUUCCAGUGAAGUGAGUCAGAGCAGUAUUGCAUUUGAGAUGGAGCGUUUGGGUAGAAUGCCAACAAUGUCUAAUGGUCCAGAUGUGAGGUGA